CAAAAAUUCUCGUCUACGUCACGAACCAUCAGACCGCACCCACAGGCACUCACCAGCCAUAAUAUAUCAUAUCCAGCCUCUCAGGUUGCGGUCAACCACCGCCUCCAGCACCUGCAUGCCCAACUCGCUGUCAUUCAAAGCGGGGAUGUACCGCAGCUCGCCCUCGCCGCCCGUUAGGUGGGCGAACAGCUCUUUGUACUCUCGACCCACCUCGUCCACCGUCUCCAGGCAGUCUGACGAGGGAGGGGAGAAGGUACACAAAUGACGGUGUGAAGGAUGGAUGGGUAGGUGAAGGGCAUACACACCCACCUGAUGAGAAGCCUGGGCAUAUGGCGUCGACCUUCCUCACGCCAGCCUUUGACAGCUCAGCCAGUUUCUGAGGGACACAAACCAAACCAACGCAGGGAGGCAGAGGGCAGAGGGAAGGAAUGCAGUGACAGGCGUGAAGAGGUGGGUCUUUGUGUGUGUUGUGGUACGUACGUCAUCGAAGUAAGGCUGCAGCCACUCAGCAGGGCCAAAGCGGGACUGGAACACCAUCUCCAGCUGGCCAUCCUGACAUCAUCGAUGCACCAAGAAGGUGAGCUCGCUCGUGUGUGCGUGUACCAAUACUGGUUUACCUUGAUGCCCAGCUCCUCUCGGAUCAGCCGUGUGGUCUUCUUGCAGAAGCACUCGUACGGAUCACCCACUGUGGUCAGCCGGUCUUUGGGUAUGCCGUGGUAGGACACUAACAACCUGUUGGCCACAUACCAUACACACAGAGGGAUGGCAUGGCAUGGUGGAUGAGGGGAGUGAUCCAAUGACUGACAUUUGUGUGUAUGUGUGUCUGUAUGUGUGUGUGUGUGUGUGUGUGUCAUCUCACCUUUCGCCCUUGCCGUGUUUCUUCCAGAACUGCCUCACAGACUCCGCGAUUGCCUUGACGUACACAGGCUCCUCCACAUAGCCAUUCACGAUCCGAACAUCAGGGUGAUACCUACCGUAGCCACACACACACACGCAUACACACCACAGCUGCACCAUGUCAUGUCAUGUGUGGCGUCAACAAAGCACCUCCAGAGCAUCAUCUCCUCAAACAGCUUGUCGAAUAUGCUGGCCGUCGUGGCUUCAGCUGGCUGAGGGUAUAGAGGAAUCACCAGCAGCCGCCUGCAGCCGCCCUGCUGCAGCCGUCGCAACGCCUGGUGGAUGGAGAGGGGCCCGCUGCCGCCAUAGCGCAUCGCAACGUCCACUUGAAACUUCGACUCAGGAUGCCUGUUGUGUUGGACCAACAGAGCAGCAGGGAGGGAUAUACAUACAGACCAUCUCUCUCUUGCCUGCCUCCAAUCUCUCUCUGUCUGUCCCCGGGUGGCUGACCGUUUCUGCAGGGACGUUUGGAGUUUUUCUGCCUUGCUGACGGCAGUUGCCACGAGAGGUGAUCCUUUCUCCGUCCAGACUUUCUGGUACUUGAGUGCCGAGGCCUUGCUCCGGAACGGCAGGAUGAACAAAUAGAGGAUGGGCAGCCACAGGAUCCUUGGGAGGUCCACCACACGCGUGUCCGACAGAAACUCUGUAUACACCAACCACAACCACACACACAAGCAGCACAUGAGAGAAAGAAUGGUCCAUUUGCUUUGCUCAUGGGAUGGCGUAUAUGCCCUUACGGUAUGUACCUCUGAGAUAUCGAAACAGAGCCGCGUAGGUUGGCGAGUCGGGAGAGCCAAGGUUCACCAAUAACACGCCGAUGAUGGGUGAAUCGGCCGUCUGGUGGAACACAUUCGCCCUGAGAUCUUCUUCGGAUGCGGCGGGAUCUGUCAUCUGCCGCUUCUUCUGCCGGGCAAUGAAACCUCCUCGAAGCUCCAGCAGGCCUCUCCGGCUGGUCAUCAGCCUGUUGUGACUGCUUGUCGUCGCAAAGCACUCAAGCCAACACGCGGCGAGAAGCGGCGCCAGCAUGAAUCGCCACAUCAUCUCGGGCCCGCUUCUUUGUGCAUCUGCUUCCUGCUUCUUUG